AUUGAAUGCAGCAAUGGAUUGAUGUGAAAGCUUCAGAUGGAUUUGAUUUUGGCUACUUUGGCUGGAAUUCUGGUGUUUCCAAUAUGUUUGGGGUUGUUUCAAAUCUACGUAUGGAAGCCUAUUAAUGUUACAGCUCACAGAAAAGUUGCAAAACUUUGUGGAAUAGUGACUCUAAUCAUUUCAAACACUUGUUCAGCUUUUGCUUUUGUUCUCACUGAAAUGCUUCUGAAUGGAAAUAAGCGAGGCAUAUUUGUAUGCAAAAGUAGAAUGGAGUUUGUCUUCAACUUUUUUAUUUAUACUGUUCUCGCUUUGAUAAGUUUUCGAUUGUUGGGAGGUCGCCUAAGAAAUCUUUGUCCUAGUCAUAUUUUGCAUGCCGGUGCUUUCGCUAAUGAAGAUUUACCCCUACCGGAAACAACUGUCGUCUCUAAGUCUCACAUGAUGAAAUUGAAAGCUCUGCGAGAAAAACAUGGAUGCCACAUUUGUGGCAAACGUGGCAAUAAAAUCGAAGGAUUCAUUUCUGUACUUAAAAGAUUGUUGCUGAGAAUUUCGAACGAAAAAAUUCCAAACGAAGAUCCACUCUUCAUGUUAAUGGAGUACCCACAAUGCAAAUCCUGUUCUCGUCUUGAGAUUUCAAAGACUCUUCCAGCUUACAGUAACGAUGUUUUAAAAAAUAAAAGUGCAAUAAUCACUCAUGCAACAAGAUUACGGCUCUUUAAAUUAUGGGUACCUUUUCCAAUUUUAUUUCAAUAUGGUUUUCUGCAAAACGCUCUUCAAAAAAUAUCAUUUUGAAGUUUUUAUGACAUAUUCAAUUACGAAUCUUCAAUUGCUAAAAUAUGAUUUUGAAAUCUACUCCUACUAUUUGCAAUAAUUAUAUUGCCUGCGUAAAAUCAAAAGCUUAUGUCACAUUUUUUAUGAAAUAGUUUUUUUCUGUCAUGAUGGACUUGUUCGUUUUCUCUAGAUUUGAUAACACUACCCGAUAUUCUAAGGUGGAUAUCUAGAUAAUAUGUCCCAAUUUCGGUAUUGUGACCUGUGAAGUAGUUCCAUGUCCGAAAUAAAAAUAAAAUAUGGGGGUGUACUCCAUCUAUCCUCAAACACACAAUUUUUGUGCAAUACUUGUAUGGUGUUUUGUGAGGAAUAUCACAUUCCUACCCUGUACAGGUUUAGAGAAGUCAUUGAUAACUCAAAAUUAGAAAAUAAAUUUCGCACAAUUUUAAAAUGUGACAUAAGGUAUAUUGGUUCUGCUGCAACAAUAUGCGGAUCAUCCAUGUCAAUCAAAAAAUUAGUGCCCGCAAUAUUACCACUGUUAUUUUUUUUAUAAGCAUUUAUUUCAUAUCUCUCACUGUAUUCAUAUAAUUUUUUCCUGCAGUAUUCUUAUACACUUUUUUAUUAAAAUAUUAUGUCUCCCUAGGUUGUUAAUUUAACUAUUCAUUGAGUGAAAAAAAAUGAAGAAUCAGAAGAUAUUAGCCAUGGCAGAAGACAGUGAAUUCAGAGCAGACAUUCUACAAAGAGGAGCUGAAUUAUUGUUGUCUUCGUUCGCUGGGAUGGCGACAUUUCCAACCAUAUUGGGACUUAUGCAGAAUUUUGUAUGGAAACCUAUCAGAGUUACUGCAAACAAGAAAAUUGCACCUUUAUGUGGAGCAAUUUCAUUAACCGUUGCUAGUGCAUGUGCGGCGACAUCGUUUGUUAUCGUCGAAAAGCAUAUCAAUGCGAGAGAAUUGGAUUAUUUUAUUGGUAAAGAUGAAAAGGAGACUUUUUUUAAUACAUGCUCUUAUGCUACAUUCACUAUUAUUGUAUUCAAGCUUUUCGGUGGGCGUUUGAAGAGUUUGUGUCCGAGUCAUAUUCUGCAUCCUGGUGCAUUUGCUGUUGAGCAUGUUGCGUUGUCAACGCUAACCGCAAGGGUCACAAAGAAUCACUUAUCGAAAAUCCAGCUUCUUGGAGAAAGACAUGGAUGCCACACAUGUGGAAAACGUUAUAAUAGGUUUGAAUCUACUGCUUCUAAGCUAUGGAAGAAGCUUUUUGGUUCGUCUUCGAGGGUCAAAGUUGACUAUUUUGCUGAUCACAACCCACCUGUCGCACUUGCAGAACAAUAUUUGAAACAAAACAAAUCUAUUGUAGGGAAGUUAUAUCCUCAAUGCAAAUCAUGUUCCUAUUUUCAAGCAUCACAAGUUCGUUUGCAUCAAGCGAAUCAACUCAAAAGUAGUAAUGCAAUAAUUACUCAUGCAACUAGAAUGCGUUUAUUUAAAUUAUGGAUUCCUUUUCCUGUGUUUUUACAAUAUGGAUUACUUCAAAUUGCACUUCAUAGAUUUUAACUUAACCACUGUUAAUUUUUGUGUAAACUAUAUGCAAUCACUUUUUUAUUCGAGAUUCGCUGUUUUUUAUACCAAAGCUAUUUAUAAAGAGAAUCUAUGUCUAAUACAGACAAAAAAAUAACUGGUCCUAAUAACCAGUCUUCCCAAAACACAACACUGUAAAUAUGGCCAAUAAAAGAAUCUAUAGCGUUAGAAAUAUUAAAUUCUUAUAAUUGAUAUACCGGUACAUUUGAAGUUGUGCUCAAACUCAAUACUGACUUUCUUAUAAAUGAAUAAUGGUGUAUUCACUGUCACCAGAAAAUACAUGAUGAAAUUUUACUUUGGUUUAAAUUUACUGUGAAUUUCUGUUAGAUUACUAUGUAUUUGUGGAAUUUUUAUAUUGAUCAACUUUAAAUUAUAGUCUAUAAUAAACAUGCAAAGUCUG